AUGUCUUGGCCUGAGCCCAUGAACCAUUGGAUCCCACCACCCUAUCGUGCCUCUAAACAUGGCUCUGAGCCCAACAACUGGGACUCUCUCCCUCAAGAACUCACCAACCUGACUAGCCUUCUGUACUGGCCUUCAACUGGUGGCAAGAAAGAUGACUUUUUGGCUUCUACUAGCCCCAAAACAUCAACUUACCAUUUGAAGGGUCCUGCCCAGACCAACUAUACUCUGGGAAGUAAUCUAGAGGCCAUUCUUGUGGCUAGGGACCACCAGGGUAGGCCCAAGACUCAUGGUGGAGAUCUGUUUCGGGCACAGCUUCUGGGCCGGGAGUUGAAAGCAGGAGUCCCAGGGGAGGUGAAGGAUCUGGAGAAUGGCACAUACCUCUUGUCCUUCCCCCUGCUCUGGACUGGACCGGCCCAGGUGCAAGUGAGGCUGAUCCACUCCAGUGAGGCAGUCAGGGUCCUACAGAGCGUCUGGAAAGGAAAAUGGGCCACCGUUGGCUUUAGGGGGUAUUUUCGAGGCAGGAAUGGCUCUCAAGAGACUGUGAUCUGCAACAUGGACCCCCAGUCAACUGGAGCCCAAGGGCCCACCUGCCAGUACAGGGAUGUGGUCUCUGGGGAGCUCUGGUUCUGUGCUCAACCCUCUACUCUGCCCUGCGAUGCUUUAGUCAGUCACUCCAGUGGAAGUUACCUGAAGGUGACCACACGGCAUGAUCAAGAACUGAUGGCUGGCUUGCCCCCUCGGCCCCCAUGCCGCCCUGGCCACCUGUCUCCAAAACCCUCUGGCUUCUACUACCAAGACAGAUGGCACUCAACAUUCUGUUUUAGCCGCUCUUUCCCCACUAUAGACAGCAUCCUGAACUGCCUGGCUGGCCGCAUUGUCUACAUGAUGGGGGAUUCCACCCUUCGGCAGUGGUGGGAGUAUCUGCGAGACACAGUGCCCUGUGAGUGA